AUGCUUGAAGGCCUGAGUAUAUUCCCCAAUGAACAAACGGAAGAACAAGAGCAAGCACGUUAUGGACCAAACGAGGAUUGGCAGGUGGAAGAUGACAAGGAUUUCCUCAGAACAAUUGAAACCCUUAUUCGUCAGCAAUACGAAGACUAUAAAGCUGCUAUGCAUGAAAUGGCUCGUCUAGAAAGCUUGAGAGAAGAAUUGUCAGAAACAUUGGCAAGAAAUGUCUCACACUGGGCCCAUUUUAGGCUUAGGAAGCCAGCCAAGAAUUCGCAAGAUGUCUCUUUAUACCUUGCCGCUAAGCAAACGCUCUUACGAACCAUUAUGCCCGGAUAUGGUACCUUUCGUUCGUUAUCUGCUAAAAUCAAGUCAAUUGACACUUGGGAAAGAAUCGUGGUCGAUUCACCUGUUGCUGCGGGAACCUGUAACGCAAAAGAUGCCGAUAAGGGUAACUCUGUGGAACUGAAUCCUGACAACUUUAGUUGA